AUGGCCCGCGCGCUCGGCGUGCCGUCCAACCUCGCCUCACUAGUCAAGACGACGUUUGAAAGGGCCCUCUCGGCAGGAGACGUGCAUUGGUUCCCGAGCAAGGUCGCCAUCGUGACCGUCAACUCGGCCCCCUUCCAACUCCGCUUCUCGCCAGCACUGGCCAGCAAGCCCCAACCUGCACCUGCACCGCAAGACGCCCCGUCCUCCCCGUCAUCGUCAGCGUCAACGCCCCGGAACCCGCCGGACCCGUUUGCCAACCCCCCGCCGGCCCUGUACAUUGCAGACGUCGGCCCGCGGCACUACUUGGUGCUGAACAAGUUCGCCGUCGUGCCAGAGCACUUCAUCCUGGCGACCAAGGAGUUCCAGCCGCAGUCGGAGCUGCUGGAGGCAGCCGACCUGGAAGCCACGCUGGCCUGCGUCGAGGCCUUCGGCACGACGACACACGAGCCCGGCCGGGAAGAGGACGAGGACGAGGACGGCCUGUUCGCCUUCUUCAACAGCGGCGAGCACUCGGGCGCGAGCCAGCCGCACCGCCACAUCCAGCUGCUCCCCACGGCCAGGAUGCGCGACGGGCUGCCGGCGCCGUCGGCGUCGUCGUGGGCCGUGCUAGCCGACGGCGAGCACCUCGGCCGGAUGCCGUUUGCGGCGUUCUGGGCCCCCGUGACGCCGGGCAUGUCGGGUGCCGACCUCCACGGCGCCUACCUGCGUCUGCACCGCCAGGCCUGCGAGGCCGUGGGCGCGGCUGCGGCGGCCGCGGCGCCCCCCUCGCGGAUAAGCUACAACAUGGCCAUGACGGCCGCGUGGCUCGCGGUGCGCCAGGACCCGCGCUGUCUUGAGGACGCGCUGCGGGCGGUUGGCGUCCCGCUGGACGGGGACCCGAGUCGUCGUGCGGGUGUGGACGGCUACGCAGGCUGCCUUGCGGCCCGGGGCUGA